GUCUGGAUGCGACACGGCAUCAUAGGGAGACAAGUGUAGGCCCAUCUGGUUUCGCGGUCGAGCCUCGGGCCUCUGGUGUGCAGCUCGAUCGGCAGGUCAAAGGUGUCAACCAGGCUGUAUGGCAGUGGCAGACACACGUCGGCAGACAGAGAGCAACCUAUGCUAUAGUAUCGUACAUAGACAGCGAUCGACGCCAGUAUCGUCCUGUUUCACGGCCCAGGUUCCGUCCGUCCCAUAUAAGGUUUCGGGCGACCCUGCUAGAACGCCCGAAUGCCCUCUCGUGGCCAUGCUAGGCACGGUAUCAUGGAGCAGGCGUGGAGAAGGUCAGGGGCAACACAGGCCCUCCGCCUUGGUAUUGAGUGCAUGCUGUGUCAACGGCAGUGGAGUCGUGGCUCCUGUCAUGAGCGCGGGCUUGCGCCGGCGCGCCUAACGAAGCGUCGCGCCUUCCCAACGACGGCAGCAAAUGGUUGCCACUUAAGGGGCCUUCCCGUCCCCAUUCGGUUCUUUUCGCCCGCAAGCAGGAAUCACCUUCGGCCAAAGUUGGAACGACCUGCUUCAGGGAGCGGUUCGCGACAGGACCGCCUGCGCACUGGGAGGACCCUUGAAUGCGCCCUCCCCUCCUCCUUCUCCCCAUCGUCCCGUCCCGUCUGCAUCUGCGGUCGUGUCGAGGGUCCUGCGGCCGUGACCUCCACUGGGCUCGGCGCUGCGACAGGUACAUCUUCAAGAGACGGCCGCCAUCUCUGUCGCUCCCCGACGACCGCCGACUCUGCAACUCGACCUGCCGCCAUGCCCUAUCCCCGUCCGCCCUGA